AGGUGGAGCCGCGUUUGGCAGAGCCAGCCCACCGCUCCUCUACUCCGGGUACCCGGGAAGCCGUCGUAGCUCAUGGAGGGCUGGGCUAGGAGCUCGCUAUGGGGGACAAGGCGGCUGUGGGCUCCCCACGCCCACAUGACGCGAAGCCGGGUGGUCUGUGGGCGCCCCUUGAAUCUCUGGGCGUCGUCGGAAGUCAACUUCAUCAGAUAUUUCAAGAAUCCUUUUGUAUUAAAGUUCAGUUAAACUAUGGUAAACUUGUAAAUUUGACUAAAGUGAUAAACAAAAUAAAAUUUACAGGUCAACCAUACAGCACUUCGCAAACAGUAGAUCCAGGAGAACUUAGAAAAUUCCAACGACUGGCACAGAAAUGGUGGAAUGAGGAUGGAGAAUAUGCAGCCUUGCAUUCUAUGAAUGAUAUUAGAGUUCCUUUUAUUAGAGAUACUAUAUUGAAUCUGAGAAAUGACCAUGAGCUAGGAAGCCCACUCUUUAGCAUGAAGAUCCUAGAUGUUGGCUGUGGUGGUGGACUACUUACUGAGCCCCUAGCUAGACUGGGAGCUUCAGUUACCGGAAUUGAUCCUUUGGAAGAAAACAUCCGGACAGCAGAACUGCAUAAAUCUUAUGAUCCAGCCCUUACCAAAAGGAUUCAGUACAGAGCCUGUACACUGGAGGAUAUUGUGGAAGAGGGAUCAGAAAAAUUUGACAUAGUUGUUGCCUCUGAAGUAGUAGAACAUGUGGCUGACGUUGAAAAGUUCAUCAAAUGCUUUGGUGAAGUAUUAAAACCCGAAGGUUCCCUCUUUAUUACUACACUGAACAAAACUCAACUGUCCUAUGUUUUUGGCAUUAUCGUUGCUGAGAAAUUACUGGGUAUUGUUCCGGUAGGCACUCAUGACUGGGAGAAAUUCAUAUCACCUGAAGAGUUAGAGCGUCUUCUGGAAUCAAAUGGUUUUUCAGUUAAGGUGGUCAAAGGCAUGUUAUACAACCCCCUUUUUGGAUCCUGGAGUUGGACUGGAAAUACUAGCAUUAACUAUGCACUCCAUGCAAUUAAAUCAAGCAUGCAAGAACAACUGGAUCUGAAGGAACCCUCCACAGAGAAUCAACAGGCGGAAGCUAACUUCAGAACUGCUAGCUAAGGCAAAGUCCAUAGUUGCUACAGAAGCACGGAAGAUGAUGUGAUAAAUAGCUGUAAUAAAUCAGAAAGGCGAAAGAAAUCUUGUUUUCAAGUGUUGGCUAAAGAAUUUGCUGCCAUCUCAGCAUACGUGGUAGAGGAAUUAUAGUUUCAGAUAUUUGUGGAUAAACAUUCUGUGCAACUUGCUGGAAAUCUGACAUAAUUGUCAGAAUGAAUUGUUUUUAAAACUUUAGAAUUAUUGGCUUUUAUUGCCAUUUGUAAAAUCAUUGCUCAAAUUCAACAGGUGGCCUAUGUUUAAAUGUAAAAUCAUAUACAUCACUAACUUGGUUUUUUCCCACCAGGGUUAACUUUGUCUAAGCAUGAUGUUACAGUUCUAAAGAGAGUGAGGCCAAAUUCUGUGCAAAGACCAAUUUUUUUGAGCCUAGAAUUCGUAAUUGGAAGUUCCAAGUUACCCAUUUAUUCAGAUACUAUAGGGCACAGGUGUCAAGCUCACUGUGUCAUGUUGCCAUCAUGUGAUGUAUUGUGAUGUUUUUCCUUUUUGUGGAGUGGGCGUGGCCUGCAUAUGACGCAUUUGGCUCGCGGGCUGCCAGUGUGACACCCUUGCUGUAGGGCCACCAAAUCAAAUUCAAAAAUUCAGAUGACCACUAGAGGGCAGAAAAGUGAUGCAAAAAAUUAACUCUCUGCUGUUGUCUAGUGGCUAUGUGGAACUUGAAUCCCAAAUCUGGUAGUGCUAAUUGCCAAGCCUCACCUGCCUGUUGUAUCCUCCCCCUCUCAAAAACUGUUUUAAUUAGAGUGACAUUGAAAUGCUGCAGAAAGCAUCUUGUCCAUACCAUCACCUUUAUUUCUAAAAAUGCAGUGGGAACCAAACAGGUUUCAUGCACUUAUUUAGUAAUAAAAAUAAUGGGCAGCUGUAACCAUCUACUAAAAAAAAAAGAACUGAAAUAAAUAGUGGUAGUAUGGAAUCGCCUUUAUGUGUGGGGAGAUAAAUGGGUGGCCUGCUAGUUUGGUGCUUUGUUGCUGAGUUCAUAUGUAUAUAUGUUCAUAUGUAUAUAUGUUAUGGAUUUGUGGAUAAAUCUCACACAAAUCAGUUGCAGAAGUGCCCAUGACAGGUUGUUGAAGUUUAAAAUAUAUGUGCUGCCCUGAAUGCUUUAGGGACAAAUUGUGACUAGCUGGUACAUUGAAUGAUACAAUGGUUUUUAAACAGGUUUUAUGAAAUAAAUAAAAUUUGAGUUCACAUACCAUGUAAGACAAAAUACAAAGAUUACAUGGUUUAGUGUGAUGUAUGAGUCUGAUUC